GGUGAAUUAACUAAUUAAUAAGUGGUCGCUGGUAAUAAACCAAGUCGAAAAUCGAGUGUUGUGAGCCCGAGGAAUAGCCCUGUCUUCAAAAAUCGCUUGAAAAUCCAGGCGCAAAAGCCAUUGUAAGCAACUUUUGAGCGGCAUAUCGAACUGUGUGGCGUAUUUUAUUAGUUUUGUGAAGUAACCUAAAAAAAAAACAAACAACAAAAUGUCGACAGUCGAUAAGGAAGAGCUGGUCCAGAAGGCUAAACUGGCCGAGCAAUCCGAACGCUACGAUGACAUGGCCCAGGCCAUGAAAUCCGUCACAGAGACUGGCGUUGAGCUCUCAAAUGAGGAAAGAAAUCUGCUCUCCGUUGCCUACAAAAAUGUGGUCGGUGCCCGCAGGUCAUCGUGGCGUGUCAUCUCCUCCAUUGAGCAGAAAACCGAAGCAUCCGCUAGAAAACAGCAGCUCGCCCGUGAGUACAGAGAGCGUGUGGAGAAGGAGCUGAGGGAAAUCUGCUACGAAGUUUUGGGACUUCUGGACAAAUACCUUAUUCCAAAAGCCAGCAAUCCCGAGAGCAAGGUGUUCUACCUGAAGAUGAAGGGUGAUUACUACAGGUAUUUAGCCGAGGUUGCCACCGGAGAUGCACGCAACACCGUUGUCGAUGACUCGCAAACCGCUUACCAGGAUGCAUUUGACAUUAGCAAGGGUAAAAUGCAGCCAACACAUCCCAUCCGUUUGGGUCUGGCCCUUAACUUCUCUGUCUUCUACUAUGAGAUUUUGAACUCGCCAGACAAAGCUUGCCAAUUGGCUAAACAGGCGUUCGAUAUUGCAAAAACCAAAAUGCAGCCCACACAUCCAAUCAGAUUAGGUCUUGCACUCAACUUUUCCGUCUUCUAUUACGAAAUUAUCAAUUCACCAGCGAGGGCUUGUCACUUAGCUAAACAGGCGUUCGAUGAUGCGAUAGCCGAGCUGGACACACUCAACGAGGACUCCUACAAGGACUCGACACUCAUCAUGCAGCUGUUGAGGGACAACCUGACCCUUUGGACGUCCGACACCCAAGGCGACGGCGAUGAGCCACAGGAGGGCGGCGACAACUAACCAAACAACUAAGCAAAUGUUUCCUUUUUGACUAUGCAAAUAUUAUUCAGUAAUACAAACAAACAAAAAACAGAAACAACAAAGAGAAACAAAUAUUAUAAAACGCAAAACCAGCAAAGCAAAACAAUUUGAAAUGAAACGAUAAUCCAGGCGAGAGCAGCAGGCAGGCAGGAAGCGCAAACAUUUGAGACAUUUACAUACGAAUUGAGGGCAGGAUGCUUCAGUUCAUUUGGGGCCGAUGGGCCGGCAUUUGAGGUCGUUCCCUCAAUUGUCACGGUUAGUUUUUAGCCGGGCUCUGUGUUGCAACAGAGAUCCCCUAUAUACAUUAGUUAAAUGUAUGAACAACAGAUGCCGGCCGAUCUGUCUCAAAUGUAGCUCAACUGCAACUGCUUAAGAAAUACAGAAAAAUACAGCAUCACGGUAUGGGCCAAGCAAAUGCGUUGUAUUUCGGAGUUUGGUAGGAUUUUUCCGGUUUUUGAAUCAAAUUAAUCUAGCAGAUAAUUCAUAAUUGUGUGUCUUUUUUCCCCGAUCGAAACGGCCAAACUCUGGGUGCUCCGACUUUGUUCGCCCUAGCGAUGCCUCGUGUGGAUUUCCUCCUUACAAAACAAACAAAUAAAUAAUAUUCCUAACUGUAUACACAAGAAAUGAAAUGAGAUAAUCGGUUAUUAUACGUUUUUUGCAAGAGUCUAAAUUAAUUAUUUAAUUUUCGUAUGGCAACAGAAACAACUGCAAAAAAAACAAA